AUUGCAUAACUUUCAUAAGUUUGUUUUACUUAUGAAAUUUACGGCAACGGCGUCAACAUGGCUGCAUCUCGAUACAGGAAGUUUCUUCGUUUGAUGGAAGAAUGGCCCGCAGAUCCGUCGAAAAGGGGUAGAGAUUUGGCGGUUACUAUUCGGGAAAGAGUGGCACAUGGUUUUAGAAGAGGUGAAAACUCUGAGAUAAAUGAGAAAGAGUGUGACAGGAUGUAUGACUCUCUCAACAAGAUCCAUACAGAUUUCUUCAGAGAAAAGUACCCACGGCUCAAAGAUUCAUCGGCCACAGGAACCUCCAUAGAGAUUUGCAAGAUGGUGAUGGCUACAGAUACCAUCACUGAAAUGGAGAAGAUGAAUAAGAGCACCUGGCAGAAGAUCAAAGAUUCAAUACCCUGGAGGUCAGCAGGGCCAGGGGACGACAAGAGCUGAGACAGACAGCAAUAGGUCAACCAAGGUCACCAGUUUCGUCCGCUGUGAAAAAGAUGAGAUGGGCAUUUACUAACCGAACUGCCGUUAUAUUAUAUGGAGGAAAGCAGACUUAGCCAUGGCCUCGUCUUGUGAACAAAAUUGUGAUUGAUCUGAAUCUCUUGCAACUCCACUUCAGUUCGAUGUCAGUCGCAAUGCUGUUCAUGAGCAAUUGUAACUUUGCAAUUGAUUUUAGGAUUUGCAAAAGAUUUGGAUUCAUUUUGACAUUUUUUUUCUGAUGGGGCUCAGGACUGUAUGUAAUAUUGACUUUUACCUGUGCUAUUGAACUAUAUUGAAUAUGUAUAAGCAACCAGGGGCCUUAUGGUUGUAUAUUGUGUGAUUAUUGUCUAGGAGCAGGAGCAAAUGUCCAUAUGGCUGAUCUUUUGAUCAAUUGAAUGAAAGAUGUUGGAUGGUGGAUCGAUCAUAACAUGCUCAGGAAUAGCAAGGAGGAUAUUGUCCUAUUGAUAUUGAAUGUCAUCAGGACUUGUUUAAUUUAGAUUUGAAACUGUUUUCCAUUCUGCCUCAUCCUGAAUGAAGCUUUGUCCCAACAGUGUUUCAAUCUGUAAACAAAAUAGUUUAACCGACUUAGUCAUGUUGAGGGAAAGAGGGAGGAGAGAGAGAGAGAGAGAGAGAGAGAGAGAGAUGGGAGGGGGAAAGGAGAGAGAGAGAGAUAGAGAGAUGGGAGGGGGAGAGAGAGAGAGAGAGAGAGAUAUGAGUGCAUUUUCAGUUUGUGCAAUCUCAUAAAUUUUUGAUAUGAUCAUGUGAUAUAUAGUAUUACUGAAAAAUUGCGAAGAAAUUUGAUUUAAUAUGAUUUUCCACUGUGCUUUGAGCCAUAGUAUUCUCAUAAUGUAUAAUGAAGAGUUUAAAUAAAAAACUGAAUUGAUAUGUCCGGGAAACUGCAUACAGAGAAACUUUGCUGCCAAUGUUUGGAUUUUUAAAAACUCUAUAGUUGCAUUUGUAGAAGUGUCAUUGUCUAGUGGAUAGGUCACUAGACUGUGGAUCACACGGUUUACAAUCGAGUCCUGACGCGGCACUAAUGUGGUUGGAUUGGCAUGUGUGCACCUGUAAAUGGCGCCUGGCCGGAAUACUUCCCAGGGAUCGGAGCUUGUGCACUGUCACGUGUGGGUUAGUAAUUUAAUCCAAUGAUCAAUAAUUACAAUGUAAAGCUGCUCUUAAA